AGGCCUCAUUCUCCACAUUGAGAAAGGACCAGACACCCCUCAGUGGCACGGCUAUGUGCUGGCUGGGGCUAUGUUGCUGUCGUCCUGGGUUCAAACCAUGUUCUACCACCAGCACUACCACCUGGCCAUGACAUCAGGCAUGAGGAUGAAAGCGGCUCUCAUGGCCGCCGUCUAUAAAAAGUCUCUCCGAGUGGACACCAGUGGUCAGCGGUCCAGCACUUCCGGUGAGGUGGUCAACCUGAUGUCGGUGGACUGUCAGAGGAUUCAGGACCUGCUCAGCUACACCUGGAUGGUCUGGUCCAUACCGUUUCAGAUUUUUCUGGCGGUGUACCUGCUGUGGGACACCCUGGGGUACCCGGUGUUGUCAGGUUUGGCGCUCCUACUGCUCCUGGUUCCGCUGAACGCCUACGUGGCAUACAAACAGCAGAAGUUACAGAGACAGAACCUGGCCUGGAAGGACCUCCGGAUCAAGCUUAUCGAUGAGGUGCUCAGUGGGAUCAAGGUCCUGAAGCUGUAUGCCUGGGAGGAAUCGUUCCAGGACAAGAUCCUGCGAGUCCGGCAGAAGGAGGUCGGGACCUUGACUCGUCUGGCCUGGCUCAACGCCCUCAGCAUCUUUGUGUGGACCUGUGUGCCUUACCUGACACAGCGGUGAGGAUUGAGAAGGGAACGUUUACCUGGAAUCCUGAUUCUUCCUUCCGGCUCAGUGGCAUCAAGCUGGAGAUCCCCAAAGGCGCCUUUGUAGCCGUGGUAGGCGCCGUAGGCUCCGGCAAGUCCUCUCUGCUGUCGGCCAUCUUGGGAGAGAUGGACAGGAUGCAGGGCAAGGUCAGCGUCUCGGGCGUGAACCUGAGCGGUGGUCAGAAACAACGGCUGAGCGUCGCACGUGCGCUGUACGCAGGCGCUGACGUGUACCUCCUGGACGAUCCUCUCAGCGCCCUGGACUCUCACGUGGGCAAACACAUCUUCAAGCGGGUCCUCUCGGAGCAGGGGAUUCUCAAGAACCAGACCCGCAUCAUGACGACCAACGCCUACCACUGGCUCCCCCUGGUGGACAUGAUCGUGGUACUGAACCAGGGGCGGAUCACCGAGGUGGGCUCCUACCUGCAGCUCAUGAAGAGGGACGGCCACUUCGCUCAGUUCCUCCUGCAGCACUUCCGCAGAGACCAGGAGGUCUUGGACUCCGAGGCCGACUCGGACCAGGAAGUGAUCCAGAUGAAGAGAAAGAUGUGGGAACACGUGGAGGCUUUGACCAGCCAAUCAGAGGGCAACACAUCCGGGGAUGACGUCAUCAUGUUCCACCAACAAAGCCUCCAACAGAUGUGCCCCAGCAACGGCUCCGGCUCUGUCACCCCGACAGACGAGAACGACAGACAGGUCACCCACCAAGGCUUCUCCUUCACUGACCGUCCCCCCGUGCAGAACGACGCCGGGUGUGUGGUCAGACUGACGGGGGAGGAGGCUACUGAGGCCGGAGCGGUGAAGUUCUCUGUGUUCAAGGCCUACUGUCGCAACAUCGGCUACUUCUGCACCAUUAUGAUCCUCCUGCUGUUUGCUCUCUACCAGGUGUCCAGCGUCCUGGCAAACAUCUGGCUGUCUGUGUGGACCGGGGACUCGGAGCUGGAGUCUGGCAACUUGACCAAGUCUGAGGUGGAGAUACAGAACACCAAGUACCUCACCGUCUACGGCAUUCUGGGCGGGGCUCAAGCUUUUUUCGUCCUGGUCUACGCCUGUCUUGCCGCCUUGCGCAUGGUAACUGCCUCCUCCCAGAUGCACGCCAAAAUGCUGGACAGCGUGCUCAAGUCACCCAUGAGCUUCUUCGACACAACGCCGACGGGGCGAAUCGUGAACCGCUUCUCUCGAGACAUGGAGACGCUUGACAACCAGAUGCCGCAGGUCGUGUUCAUGUUCAUCCUGUGUGUGUUCUCUGUGCUGGCCACUCUGGUCGUGAUCAGCAUAAACACACCCAUCUUUACAGCGGUCAUCGUCCCUCUGGUCAUCUCUUACUGGGCUGUACAGAGAUUCUUCGUGCCCACCUCCCGCCAGAUGAAGCGCCUGGAGUCUGUGACCAGGUCUCCCAUCUUCUCGCACUUCUCCGAGACCCUGACGGGCUGUCACGUGAUCAGAGCCUUCGGGGCGGUGGACAGGUUCGUCCAGACAUCCACUGAGCUCAUCGACAAGAACCAGGUCUUCUACUUCGCCCGGAUCACCGCCAACAGGACCCCGUGAUUAUGUCGGGCACACUCCGGUCCAACGUAGACCCCCUGGGCGUGUGUCAGGACAAAGACAUCUGGGCAGCCCUCAGUAUGUCCCACUUACUGGACGUCGUCUCAGCCUGGCCUGCAGGACUCAGCACUGAGCUGGGCGACACGGGCUUGAGUCUCAGCUCCGGCCAGAGACAGCUGGUAUGUCUGACCAGGGCGCUGCUCCGGAAGACAAAGAUCCUGAUCCUGGACGAGCCCACGUCUUCCGUAGACAUGGAGACGGACACCUUGGUACAGAGCACCGUGCGGCGAGUGUUCCGGGACUGCACCACCAUCACCAUCGCUCACCGCAUCAGUACAGUGCUCGACUGUGAUAG